GCAAAAUGCUGUGGGAAAACACCAGAAAGCAGAAAGUUGAAGCCAGCGGAGCAGUUGAAGGUGAAGACGAUUUUGAAAUUGACUCUAUCAUGGAUGCUAUGAUUGGGGGUGUCAAAGGUCGAUCCAGACAAUUAUCAUACAAAGUUAGCUGGAGAGGAUAUCCAGAAGAUGAAAACAGUUGGGUCACUGAUGAAGACGUCAGUAGUGCCUCGGAAUUAGUCAAGAGGUUCUGGUAUCACAAUCCAGACCUCUACUUAGACCUGGGAUUGACUCCAAAAGUCGUUGAAUUACCACUCAGCCUGUUAGAACGAGAAAACCAGCCAGAGGAAGAUGUCGAAGAACAGAAUUCGAAUGAAGCGACUGACGACAACGUCGAAGACUAUGAACCUGCAGCCAGUGAGAAUGGCAGCCACUUCAGAGAACCAAGCGAACCUUCCGAACCAGAAAUGCUUCAAAUUCAACCAAGAAAACGAGGUCGGCCAAGCAAGACGUCAAGUCCACCAAAGAAACGUGGACGAGGUCGGCCCCGCAAGGUUUCAAGUCCACAAAGGACAAAUCAAGCGGAGGAAUCUUAUGUCAAAUCAUAUGAUGAUACAACACAUUGGGACAACCACUUGAAAAUCUUGGGUGCACGGGAAUCCAAAGAUAUAAGCGAAAAGGCUGAUUUCAAAUGUCAAUUCGACGAUGAUUCCAUCAGAAUAGUUGGUUUUGAAGAACUGGUAGAAAAGGCGCCAAAAUCUCUCUGUCGAUUCUUGUCUAUGCACAUUAACUUUGAAAGGCAGUGACAGCAAUAGCCUAAUAGUUACAACAUUAUCACAAACAUAAAUAGAACGUACAAAGACAUAUUCUACUGUUCAGUUUCGAAAUACUUAAUCAUUCUGCCUUGUAUAGAUAAUAUCUUAUUAUAAAUUUAUUAAUUUUCAAUUCUAGAUGAAUAUUCAAAAUACUUUAUUAGAGCUCCUGAUGCUCAUGAUAUUUGUGUGUAGCUUCAGCAGAUGCAGUUGGCGUUUCUGCUACGUGAUAUAUCGUACCGUGUGUGCCUUCUUCGGUUUUUUCAUCCUCUUCAAGAUCACUUGGGAGGCUGGUUUCAUUGAUAUCUGCGUUUUGUGCAUCAUUGAACACUUCGGUGGAAGUAUCAACAUCUUGCUCUUCUUCUUGGAGGUCUUCCUCUUGUUUUCCUUGCGAGUUCUCGAAUUCCUCGACUUGUUCUUCAAUUUGCUCAUCCUCCUUUUCAUCUUCUAUUUCAUCCUUCUUCUCAUCUUCGUUUUCUUCCCCCUUUUCAUCUUCUAUUACUUGCUCUUCGUCUUCUAUUUGAGUGGACACUUUACCAACCUGUUCGAUUUCCGCUUCAGAUUGACGCUCAAUUGUGAGUAUACGUUCAAAGAGCAACUCAAAGAGCACUUCAAGGUCAUCACUCUCCUCUUGGUAUUCACGCAGUUGAUCGAGUUGACUAUCGAAGAGUGCAGCCAAACCGUGGUAUUCUUGCCAAUUUUGGUAUGUAAUUCCAUCUGUCCAAGCGAACAAAGAUCCAAUUUCUCUCUGUGAAUUACGCAAAUGCUGACUAGCAUCAUUGAGACUCUCACUAAUGGUGUUUGUCUCAUCAUUGUCAAUCUCAUUUUGCCAAUUUACGAGGUAAUCCAGACUGCUUUGGCUGAGUUCACGAAGUUUGUUAACUACUUUACGACGAACAUUAGCAGUGUUAGAUUCAAAAACGUCUUUUGUCAAAUCACCAUCGACAAUCUUCGCGAGUUCACUUUCAUAAUAAUCGCCAAAACCUUUAACGAGUCUUGUGAAGUCUGCUUCCAUUUCAGCAAUCGCUUUGUCAGAUUUUUGACGAAUCUCUGAACUCUUUUCGAUUCUCAUCGAUGAUAAUUGCCCUUUAAACUCUUGAGUUGCCUUGUCAAGAUGGUUGAUAAGUGUCUCUCGAGCACUGUUAAGAGAUGAUAACGCAUCAGAUAGUUUCUGCGCUGGAUCUACAACUUCUUCGACAACUUCCGUUGUUGGUUCUGGAGUGAACACCUCAUUCGCACUUGGAUCAGGCUCGCCCAUACUCUUCAAAAACUCUCCGAGUUCAUCAACCGCUGGUGUAUUACGUUGAAUAGCUACCCAUUCAGCUAAGUGUGCUAAUACUGGAUCAAGGAAUUUCACUUUAAGCGCCUUGAUAUGAUCGACGUUGACGAGUUUUUGCCAGCAACUUUAGAAACCAUAAGACCAGGCGACGGUGUAAACAAGCCACAACCAGGUAACACUAUCACUAUGCACUACCACGGUACCCUCGAGGAUGGCAGUGUAUUUGACAGCUCAUACAGAAGAGGACAACCAUUCUCAUCCCCAAUUGGUGUUGGUAGAUUGAUCAAAGCAUGGGAUCAAUGUGUCCCUCAAAUGACAAAGGGUGAGAAAGCCAUCAUCACAGCAACCCACGAUGUCGCAUAUGGUGAGACCGGAUUCCCACCAGUUAUCCCAGCACGUGCUACCCUCAAGUUUGAAGUCGAAUUGAUUGAUUUCAAGUAAUGUUUUGUAGUAAUAUUGGUUAGGCAAAAAUUAGAUUGUCUAUCCAGCGAUCUGUUGAAUUUUAUGAGAUUUCACUAGA